GUGUAAUUAUUUAAAACUGCUAUGUGCUAUGUACUUUACAGAGACUAUACUAUGAGAACAUUGUUUCGUUGUAUCUGUUGUUUAAAAUACUAGUUUAUUUUAGUGCCAGGGUCAGCUCUCGAGUCGUCUCGUCUCGCUGUAUACAGCUUACUAUACACUAACUAGAGGCUUAUAGAAAGCUUAAAGAAAUAUCGUAAGAUGCGGCUGUCUGAACUACAAAGACCAUUGACCAAAACCAGGAGAGACAGAAUUUGGCGUUGGCGUUGUCAAUGGAGUAUCGUAACACUAGUGGCUGUGACGCUAGUUGUUUACAACGCUGUCGCUAACCUGUGGUUGCUGAGCCCUGUGCCAUGUUCGCCGCGCAGCACGCCGCAACCUGAGCUGCCGACCUGCGAGCCCUGCAUCGACACAGCUCCUCUCUCGAUAGAAGAGGACCCCAUCUCUAACCUGGACCUGCGUCUCGGGAGAUGGGACGGCUCCAGGUCUUACCGGAUGUUCGAUUACGCGGCUGUCGGGGAUAUGUACGCGGACGCUUCCUCCAACCGCAGAGUGUGUCUCGCGACUCAGAGCUCGAUCGAACGUUUGCACGAGUUGCUGGGUAUAGCAGCUCACUGGACCGGACCCAUCUCAGUCGCAGUGUUCGUGGCCGGCGACGAGUUAAGGUUGUUGCGGGCCUUCGAAAUGUGGCUGUUCAGAUGUCAGCCGGAUGUGUACGCGCGGUUGGCCCUUCACGUCGCGAUGCCGGCAGAGAGACCGGGCGUGCAGUCGAAUGUGCCGAAUUGGGCGAGGAACUGCAACGUCGCUCCUUUAGCAACCGAAGAAAGGAAGUCGGAAACAGUGGCGUGGAGAGCGCGACACCCUUAUCCUCAGAAUCAUUUACGUAACCUAGCCAGAAAAAACUGCCAUACUCCCUACGUUUUCCUGGUCGACGUAGACAUAGUGCCUUCUAGAGGAAUGGCGGAGGCGCUGGACAGUUUUCUGUCAAGUGUUCCAAAGUGUCAAAUGUGCGCAUACGUGGUGCCAACCUAUGAACUAGAUAAGAGAGUUGCCAACUUUCCAACGAAUAAAUCAGAACUGUUAAGACUUUCAAGAAAUAAAUUAGCGAUACCGUUUCAUAGGAAGGUGUUCAUAUAUAAUCAGUACGCUUCAAACUUUUCCAGGUGGGAGUCUUCAGGCGGGAAUGAAAGCCUCUCAACUCAUAUCAGUCACACGGUGACUAACUUCGAGUUGCUUUACGAGCCGUUCUACGUGGCCCCGGAUACCGUGCCCGCUCAUGAUGAGAGGUUCCUAGGGUACGGCUUCACCAGGAACACUCAGGUAUACGAGAUGUUUCUUAUCGGAUACGAGUUCAAGGUCCUGUCUCCAAUCUUCACAAUCCACUGGGGUCUGCAGGCGCGUCGGACCAGACCUCUGUGGAGGGAGAAACAAAACCAGAAGAACAGAAAACACUUCGAGACCUUUAAACGGGAACUGUACGCGAGGUACAGGAGGGACCCUCUCCAUCUACUGAGGAGACCUCAGCAGGCGAAGAAAACGUAGGCCAGUCAAGGCCGUGCUAAGUUUGCCGGCCUUCUAAUGACUCUUACUAUAAUUGGACUGCUUUGACGUCUGUGUCAAUACUUGAGUGUUCAGUGAUCUGUCAGAGAACUUUGAAAACUUUCAACUACAGUAAGGAAAUGGGCUUAUUUGUGAUAGUAUAAUUUCGAUGAAGAUAUAUUCGUCUGCACAUUUUAUGAAUAAUGGACGUGUGGUGCACUGUACCUGAUAAAAAUUUUCAUCGACAAAAUGUGUUUCGGCCUUUUGUCCAAACACGUGCUGUUAAUGAUCAUUUGGUUGUGUUGUUUUGCUAUGCCUUUAUCGUAUCUUAAAAUGUUUACGUUUUGAUAGUCUUUUCUACUAGUUUGAUAGUUUUCGUAAACAGUAGUACGCGUUAUAAGGGUAACAUGUUAGAUCUACGUAUCUAUGUAUAAAGAUAAAUAAAUAACUAACAUAAUUAUAUUUAUAUAUCUACAUAUAUCAGAUACAUAACUAAAAUAUAUAGUUAGUUAUUAAAUAGCCUGUUUGUUUCUCGGUAAUGAGUCGAUCGAAGCAUCUUAAUAUCUGUUAAUUAUUACAAAUGUAUGCAAAAUUAUAUUUUUAUGAGAACAUCGAGAGUCACAAACAAUGUUCAUAAAACAUUAAAAUAAAUUUCUUUGUUAUAUUGUAAGAGACCGACUAAAAUAGGUAUAUAAGUUAGUGACGUCAGUCAGUCAGUCAGUCAGUCAGUGGUAAAUUAUGUUAUAAUUGUAUUUAACGUAUAAUGAAAGUUGAUUUGUUAUAGUAAUGCAUCUAUACUGGAACAUUGGAAAGAUUCCAAAUGGCCUAUAUGAGGUUUUAAGUCACGAAUAAAGAAUGUUUUUUACGAAAGAAUUAUGCCAGAAAGAAUUUUACUAAAAGCAAUAUUUAUAACAUGAUGCUUUUCCUCGUAGGAGAAUUAAAUAAUUAUAGAUUUAAAUACAUUAUAUAUAUGUAAAACGCAACACGUUCUGUUUGAAGUCAAAUAAGUUGAUCAGUUGAAAACCUUUGUGUUUAUUAUAUAAUAGAGUCUGAAGUCAAGGAGCUAUUACUUACUACUUAUAAUUUGUUAAAUAUUAAUACGCAACAGUCAGUAUUCUUACCACAAGUUCGGAACGUUAAACUACAUCGAGAUAGUUUCCGUUAUGUCAUUCUUAGAAACAUUUUGACUUCAUCACUUGCGGAGAUUUAUGAUGAAAUAACUUUAACCCUUCCGUUUGUAGUUUGACCAUGAAAACAUGUGUUAAGGAUACACAUUGCUUAAAGUUACACUAGUAGUAGAUACGAAGGAAAAAAUAUUUAAAUUACAAAUAAUAUAUUAUAAGUUGUAUUUAUAGACAAAAUAUUCGCUGACGGCAGAACAUUGUAAUAAUUUGUUUAAAAAAAUAUAAUGUUACGAUAAAAA